GUCGUUGACUUCAGUUAAACUCCUACUUUAUGGAUGUGAAGUGUCCAGGCUGCUACAAGAUCACCACUGUGUUCAGCCAUGCACAGACGGUGGUUCUCUGUGUGGGAUGCUCAACUGUGUUGUGCCAGCCAAAAGGAGGAAAGGCCAGACUGACAGAGGGUUGCUCUUUCAGGAGGAAGCAACAUUAAAAAGGGAUUGCCUCCUCAAUCCUCCAUGUCUGUAAUUCAGCCGUGGCGUUGAUAACAUUUUCCAUUGAUUACAAUGUAGUUCAUUCAAUAAUGAUACUGUCACUGUACAAAUGUUCAACUUUUAAGAAGACUUUCUAAACUUGCUAGCAGUUUUUUUUAAUACGAAAUGAGAGAUCUCAAUAAAUAAAACUGUUAUAAAAAAC